AUGCGUAAAAAAUCUACGAGGCUGUUUGUGAAGAGCGCAUGGGAACUGCAGCCGGCAGCAUCAUCUUUCCAUCACCCCACGGUCAUGGAACGUCAUAUCCAGCUAUUCAUGUCCGUCCCCCGAGUCUUGGAGGACACCCCAUGAUGCUGCAUUACCGUGCCUAUUGUCGACCAGUUAAUAGGCCUAGCUAACCUUUUCCUGUCCGGUUCUCCUAUUCUUGGACUAGGAAGGCUUUUGUCGGAGGCCUAUGAUCCGCUAGACUUGCAAGUCCUGGAUCAGGUUUCUGCGUGUGCGCACCUUACCACGGGGCGUUCCCUACACCAUACGCGCCCUGGGCGACCCUUUUCACACUUGAACGGCUCCAAAACAUGUUCCAAAAGUGUUAUGAGGGUACCCAACAUUGUCAACAAACAAGGAGAUGUCAAAAGGGAGGAAGGAAUGGUCCCACUGGUCACUCGAAAUCCACUUUUUGCUUUUCGCCGUAUCCUCAUCCGAGCGGACCUCCGGGCGACCCUCUCAAGGAUGGUCGUUGAAGAGGAAGCCGAAACCGGCCUCCUGUCACUCGAUCGUCACCCGCUGAGUCUGGACCAGUCAUUGAGACCCAUUAUGACUGGUUAUGUUCCCACCCACCUUUGA